AUGAAGGACAAGGAUGGUGCUGUCCAAGAGUAUUCUCCAGGAGCAGAUAUGUGCAAUGUUCUGCCUGCAGCAGCUCAGUCAGGAUCUUCGUCUGCAAAACUCAUCGAUCAGGCAGUAGCAAAUGUCAACACUCGUCUUUCACAGCAGCCAAAUCCAGAUACCACAGCUAGCCACGGAGACCACAAAAGACAGGCUAACGUGCCCGAAAUGGCAUUGUCAAUGGGUCACAAACGAACUGCAUCGGCUGUGGAAGACCCGAGCCUUUCAUGUCAAGUCGUCACCAAGAUGAUUAAAUCCGCAAGCAAGAUACAGAAGGACGAGGGAGACGAAGAAUGA